AUGGCUUUAGUGAUGAGCGAGAUCUGGCGAUUCUCGUUGCAAGCCGAAGACUAUCUUUUGGUUAGCAAUGCCAAGACCAAGAGUAGAAACUUGCCCGCUCCUGUAGCGUGCAGAGUGUGCGGUGACCGUUCUUACGGCAAACACUAUGGCGUGUACUGCUGCGAUGGAUGUUCCUGCUUCUUUAAGCGCAGCGUGCGUAAGGGCGUGUUUUAUACGUGCAUUUCUGGCGAUGGUCAGUGCGUGGUGGACAAAGCCCGCAGGAACUGGUGCCCGUACUGCCGCUUGCAGCGCUGCUUCACCGUCCAGAUGAACGUUGCAGCCGUGCAAGAGGAGCGCGGCCCCCGCAAGCCCAAACUCUGCCCUUCAGAGCCGUUCCAGCCGCUCCAUGAAGUAGCGGCUCAUCUCUUUCUGCUGGCCAUCAAGCAGGCGCGUUCCAACUCAGGCUUCGGCCUUCUGAGCCGGCCGGCUCAGAACCAAGUCCUCGGCCAUCUCUGGGCCUGCUUGCUGUGCUUCAAGAUGGCCCACUAUGAGGGCGUUGCGGCGCUGCUGCCUCACAUCCAGAGCCUGGCCGAGCACUUUAAGAGCCUCCGGCUGGACCUGGCCGAGCAGGAGCUGUUGGAGAAUGUGCUGCUCUGUCGGAAGGACCUGGUGGCGGACCGGAAGCAGGCGCUGUUGGCGGCAGCGCUGCAACAACAAGCGGUGGAUGCGCUUUUGGUGAAGAAGGAUCAGCGACGGUGCGUCCGCAUCCUGCUGGCGCUUCCGUUGCUGUACAGCUACAGCGCUGAGCAUGUUUACCUGCAGCUGUUCCGGCCUGUGGUGGGGAAUGUGCCCAUGGAGUCCAUCAUAGCCACCAUAUAG